AGGAAGGGGGGUAGGGCAGGAGCGGCAGGAACGCAACUUCCACGGGACGGAGGUAGCGCGAGGCCCUCCGCGACCCUCCCUCACCCCCUGCCUGCCCGCGCGCAAGGGGGGGGUCCCGCGUGCGCGCGAGGCGGCUGGCGCCCGGGGUCCAGCCCCCUUCCCCCCCCACACAAACACGCGCUCCAUUUUUUCGGGGCGGCCGCCGGGGCCGCGGGUUCGAGUCCAGGCCGGGGCCGGGGGCCGGGCCGGCGGUGGAGGAUGGAGGCGGGCGCCAUGGAGUACUUCAGUGAGCAGGUGCAGCAGAAGGACGUGGCCCGGCGGCUGCAGGUGGGCCAGGAGCUGCUGGACUAUGUGAACGAGCCGAGCCGCUCGCCCGACCUGGAGCAUGACCCACAGCGCCUUGACAUAGUUGUCAGUGAGCUGGCAGCUUGGCUCAACUCCAGCAAUUUUAAGGUGGCAUUGCUUGGCUUAGAUGUUUUAGGUGCCUUUGUCGACAGACUAUCAGGACGCUUUAAAUCCUAUAUAGGAACUGUUCUUCUACCUUUGAUAGAUCGGAUGGGAGAUGCCAAAGACCAAGUUCGAGAGCAAGCCCAGAAUCUUAUAUUGAAAUUAAUGGACCAGACAGCAUCACCAAUGUACAUUUGGGAACGCCUUGCUGUUGGUUUUAAACACAAGAAUAACCGAUCCCGAGAGGGAGUGUGCUUGUGUCUCAUUGCAACCUUGAACGCUUAUGGUGCACAAUCGUUAAUCCUCAACAAAUUGGUUCCACAUUUAUGCAUCUUGUUUGGAGACUCCAAUAGUCCGGUGAGAGAUGCUGCAUUAUUGGCAAUUGUGGAGAUUUAUAGACAUGUAGGGGAGAGAGUACGAGUAGACCUCAACAAAAGGGGAAUUCCCUCUGCAAGGUUACAAGUGAUCUUUGCAAAAUUUGAUGAAGUGAGGAACUCUGGAAAUAUGAUGAUUAGUACCAGUGAUAAAAGCUUUGAUGAUGAAGAGUCAGUGGAUGGAAAUAGGCCAUCGUCAGCUGCUUCAGCCUUCAAGGUUCCUGCACCUAAGAAGCCUGGAAAUCCUACAAACAGUGCAAGAAAACCAGGCUCAGCUGGUGGGCCAAAGGUUGGAGGUGCAUCCAAAGAUGGAGGAGCUGGAGCUGUUGAUGAGGAUGAUUUUAUUAAGGCAUUUACAGAUGUACCUACAGUACAGAUCUAUUCCAGUCGAGAACUUGAAGAAACGUUAAACAAAAUCAGGGAAAUUCUCUCAGAUGACAAGCAUGACUGGGAUCAACGAACCAUUGCACUUAAGAAAGUGCGGUCACUGCUUGUUGCUGGAGCUGCACAGUAUGACGGCUUUUUCCAGCAUUUACGAUUGUUGGAUGGUGCUUUUAAACUGUCAGCUAAGGAUCUCAGAUCGCAAGUUGUUAGAGAAGCGUGCAUUACCGUAGCCCAUCUUUCAACAGUUUUGGGAAACAAGUUUGACCAUGGCGCUGAAGCCAUUGUGCCUACUCUUUUUAAUCUGGUCCCCAACAGCGCCAAAGUCAUGGCAACUUCUGGGUGUGCAGCAAUCAGAUUCAUUAUUCGUCAUACCCAUGUGCCUAGACUCAUACCUUUAAUAACAAGUAACUGCACUUCAAAAUCAGUUGCUGUUAGAAGGCGCUCUUUUGAAUUUUUAGACCUGUUAUUGCAAGAGUGGCAAACACAUUCUUUGGAAAGGCAUGCAGCUGUCUUGGUUGAAACGAUCAAGAAGGGAAUCCAUGAUGCUGAUGCUGAGGCACGAGUGGAGGCAAGAAAAGCUUAUCUAGGUCUUAGAAAUCACUUCCCUAGUGAAGCAGAAGCUCUGUACAAUUCCCUUGAGCCAUCCUAUCAGAGAAGUCUCCAGACUUACUUGAAGAAUUCUGGCAGCAUAGCAUCUCUUCCUCAAUCAGACAGGUCAUCCUCCAGCUCACAGGAGAGCCUCAAUCGCCCUCUGCCCUCUAAAUGGUCUACAGCCAGCCCAGCAAGUAUAGCCAGUAGAGUUUCAGGAAGCAGCAGCAAAACUGCCCCAAGUCCAGGAGCACUGCAGAGGUCACGCAGCGACAUCGAUGUUAAUGCUGCUGCAGGUGCAAAGGCACGGCUUGCUGCUGGACAGUCAUCAGGGGCUGGACGUUUGUCUGCAGCUGGUCUGCCUCCAGGGUCAUAUGCUUCACUAGAGGAUACUUCUGACAAGAUGGAUGGAACAGCUUCUGAAGAUGGGCGUGUACGAACAAAGCUUUCAACACCCUCUGUUGGUAUUGGAAACUCAAAAACAGAUUCCAGAGGACGUAGUAGAACAAAAGUGGUCUCUCAGUCGCAGCCUGGUAGCCGAUCUGGAUCUCCUGGAAGAGUUUUGACAACAACCACACUCUCCACUAUGAAUACAGGGGUUCAGAGAGUGUUAGUCAAUCCUGCAACAGCUCAGAAACGUAGCAAGAUCCCACGAAGCCAAGGAUGCAGUAGAGAAGCUAGUCCUUCUCGAUUGUCAGUAGCACGAGGCAGCCGCAUUCCUCGACCUAGUGUGAGUCAGGGGUGCAGUCGGGAGGCCAGCCGUGAAAGUAGCAGGGACACGAGCCCUGUCCGCUCUUUUCCACCCCUUGCUUCCAGACAUCACUCCAGAUCUACUGGUGCCCUCUACACCCCUGAUGUUUAUGGGGCUGCAGGUACAGGUUUUGGGAUCAGCCAGUCAAGUAGAUUGUCAUCAUCGGUUAGUGCUAUGCGUGUUCUGAACACAGGGUCUGAUGUGGAAGAAGCAGUUGCAGAUGCAUUGCUCUUAGGAGACAUGCGGACUAAGAAAAAACCUGUACGAAGGAGGUAUGAAUCUUAUGGAAUGUACUCGGAUGAUGAUGCCAAUAGUGAUGCAUCCAGUGCCUGCUCAGAAAGAUCGUACAGCUCUCGGAAUGGCAGCAUUCCUACAUACAUGCGCCAGACAGAAGAUGUAGCAGAGGUCCUCAAUCGUUGUGCUAGCUCCAAUUGGUCAGAAAGAAAAGAAGGUCUUCUAGGUCUACAAAAUUUAUUAAAAAAUCAGAGGACUUUAAGUCGAGUUGAAUUGAAAAGAUUGUGUGAAAUCUUCACCAGGAUGUUUGCUGACCCUCACAGCAAGGUGUUCAGUAUGUUUUUGGAGACUUUGGUAGAUUUCAUCCAGGUCCAUAAAGAGGAUCUACAGGAUUGGUUGUUUGUAUUGCUGACACAGCUGCUGAAAAAAAUGGGUGCUGAUUUGCUUGGGUCUGUACAAGCAAAAGUUCAGAAGGCGCUUGAUAUCACAAGAGAAUCUUUUCCAAAUGAUCUCCAAUUCAGUAUUUUAAUGAGAUUCACUGUUGAUCAGACCCAGACACCAAGCUUGAAGACAGUCAAGCCAGCACUGCAGGACCAGCUUCGCUCUUUUUGGAGCUCAAAGGUAAAAGUUGCAAUUCUUAAAUACAUAGAGACACUUGCACAGCAGAUGGACCCAGGGGACUUCGUUAAUUCAAGUGAGACUCGGUUGGCAGUAUCUCGAAUCAUCACCUGGACCACAGAACCUAAAAGCUCAGAUGUUAGGAAGGCAGCACAGUCGGUGCUGAUUUCCCUAUUUGAACUUAACACUCCAGAGUUUACAAUGUUACUAGGUGCUUUACCAAAAACAUUUCAAGAUGGAGCCACAAAGCUUCUCCACAAUCAUCUCCGGAAUACAGGCAAUGGUGGCCAGGGGUCAGUGGGAAGCCCCUUAACAAGGCCUACUCCACGCUCACCAGCCAGCUGGUCCAGUCCUCUCACUUCCCCAACCAAUACAUCACAGAAUACUUUGUCACCAAGUGCAUUUGAUUAUGACACAGAAAACAUGAAUUCUGAAGACAUAUAUAGUUCUCUUCGUGGAGUUACUGAAGCCAUUCAAAACUUCAGUUUCCGUAGUCAAGAAGAUAUGAAUGAGCCUAUGAAACGGGAUUCCAAAAAAGACAAUGAUGGUGAUUCACUAUGCAGUGGUUCUGGAAUAGCGGAUCUGCGAGCAGGAAGUGGUUUUACUGAUACAGGCCGAACAGCUCUUGAUAACAAAACAUCAUUACUUAACACGAUGCCUCCCCACUCUUCACCACGUUCACGAGAUUAUAACCCGUAUAAUUAUUCAGAUAGCAUCAGUCCUUUUAAUAAAUCUGCUUUAAAAGAAGCCAUGUUUGAUGAUGAUGCAGAGCAGUUUCCUGAUGAGCCUCCCCUGGACCAUUCUGAUCUGGUUGCAGAGUUACUGAAGGAACUGUCAAACCAUAACGAGAGAGUUGAAGAAAGAAAGGCUGCCCUCUACGAGCUUAUGAAAUUGACUCAAGAAGAGUCCUUUGGUGUUUGGGAUGAGCACUUCAAAACAAUACUACUCCUGUUACUUGAAACACUUGGGGACAAAGAGCAUGCAAUCAGAGCUUUAGCACUGAAAGUUUUAAGAGAAAUUCUAAGGAACCAACCUGCAAGAUUUAAAAAUUAUGCCGAGCUUACAAUCAUGAAGACUCUAGAAGCUCAUAAGGAUCCUCAUAAGGAGGUGGUGAGAUCUGCUGAAGAAGCUGCUUCAAUGCUAGCCACUUCCAUUAGCCCAGAUCAGUGCAUCAAAGUUCUUUGUCCCAUUAUCCAAACUGCAGAUUAUCCGAUCAAUUUGGCUGCAAUUAAAAUGCAGACAAAAGUGAUAGAAAGAGUAUCUAAAGAAACUCUAACUCAGCUUUUACCAGAGAUUGUGCCAGGUCUAAUACAGGGCUAUGAUAAUUCAGAGAGCAGUGUUCGUAAGGCUUGUGUUUUCUGCCUUGUAGCCAUCCAUGCAGUAAUUGGCGAUGAACUUAAACCACAUCUUAGUCAACUCACUGGCAGUAAAAUGAAAUUACUGAACCUUUACAUCAAACGUGCACAGACAGGCUCUGGAGCAGGUGAUACAGCAACAGACGUUUCUGGACAAAGCUAAUGAAUCUGGCGACAGUGAACCAGGUCUCCUAAAGAAAGAACAGACCCUCAUCAGUGAAAGGAAAAUUCUCACGUUCACCUUUUCGAACUCUUCUCGUUCUGUUUUGGGUUUUUUGUUUGUUUUGGGGGGAUUUUUUUCCUUUAACCGGAGGCUAACCUCAGCCUGCAUGUGACUGUUGCAGUAGAGUUAUUCCAAAACCAAGGAGAAACAGUAUUAAUAUCAGUUGAUAAAAGAAAUUAAUUAAAAAAAAAAAUCUAAUCCAUCACUUUUCCUGUUCACACUCCUCUGUGUCUUCCCAUUAACUUUUGCCAGUGUUAAAUUGUAUUUAAAAGAAUUUUAAAAAUUGCUAAUUAAACAGGAAUGCUUUAAGCUUUAAAAUUUAAAAAUCUAAAUUCCUUUGCUUUCAUUUGGCUGCAGAAUAACAUUUUUUAUUGUUCUUUUGUUUAAGUAUAUCAUGUUCUUUGCUAGAAACAAGAAAUGGUGUGAAACAAGGCAGGACCAGUCUGAACUGCAUCUAGACUCGGUCACUGUAUUGGUGGUACAUCAUCUUAUUUACAUCUUGUUUGGGGUACUACGGAGACUGAGAAUUAUACCUGUUUAAAAAAAAAAAAAAAAAAAAGCUGGAUUGAUCCUGUUCUGUAAAAGUGAUAUUGUUCAUUGGUUGUAUAUGUUUGUCCCAUAAGUAAGAAUUUAGAAUGAGCAGUAGGGGACUAGUACCACUAGUACCUCCUAAUGUGGAAGACAGCCUUUUCAGAGUACAGUGGUACAGAACUGGUGAUAGCGUGGCAGCCUGCUAUCUUGCAGCACAGUAAGCGAUCACUUGAUGGACAUGAACCAUCCUUGUCACCAUCACUUCUUCAAGCAGGAUGCCUUAGAAUGGAGUGCUCUGACCAAGCAUGCUCAGUACGUAUUUAUAUUUAUCACUAGACUGUUUCCUCUCAACCUAAUUGCUGGAAUCAGUAGUUUUGUAUCAUAAGUCACAUUGGGGAUAUAUGACAGCAGUGCAGAGGCGUGUUUAUUGGUUAUCUUUCUAAAACAGUAAGAUUUUUCUGCACUGAAUUUUAGGGUGGGGGGAGAAUCACAAGCGCUAUGGAUCUUGCCACUCUUUAAUUUAAAAAAAAAAAAAAACAGUUUUGGAUGAGUUGGGAAAGCUACACCAAAUUAUUUGCAUGGUUUCCUUGAAUAGCAUUGUCAAGACCCAUCUGGAUUAAGGUGUGGAAAUGUUUUCAGGUUGUUUUUUGCAUUUUUUAUUUUGGUUAAUUGUGAAUAAUGCUUCUCUGUAUUUAUGAACUUGAUAACGGAAAGAGAACAAAGAUCAAGUAAAUACCUGUCCCUAAAUGUCUUGUUUCUCAGAUGUGAUCAGUGAGCGACAAGCUACUUAUCUAAGAGAUGGGGUAAAACAGCACCCUUUCCAGGAAUGAUGGAAAUUAACGUUUUUUUGGGGGUUUUUUUACCAUUUCAUUGUCUAGUUUUAGGAAGUGUGUCCUGAUAAGAGAGAAAAUAGCAGUGCCAAGGAUGUUCUGUGCUAGGCUAAAAUUCUCUCUACCUCUUCAGGGUGAUUACUUUUGACUGAGCUGCUGCCCAUAGUGUCUUGUGGAAAAGCUAUCUAUGGAAAUCUUUUUUUUAAUUAUUUUUCAGAUUAUCAUUUGUUACUGUGUAUUCAAAGCCGUAUUCUACAACACAUAGGCAAAUAUCAUGACAAACUGCUAAUGCACUGUACUUACUAGUUACCCUGAAUCACAAAAUUGAAUAACAGUGGAGCUGAAUACUUGCAAUUGCAUACAUUGACAGGUCAUUUUCACUUUGAUUUGAAGUGAAUCUGAUAAAGAGGAGACAUGGUUGUUAAGCAAUUUGCUGUUGUUGCAGAGAUCUGUCCUAUUGGAGAAAAACUGUAGAAAUGUAUGUAAAAACUUUUAAAAAAGAAAAAAAAAUUGUCAUUUGUCAUCAUCCCUUGUUUUAGCAGCUGCAUCAGGAAAAUAGUAUCUCCCCUUUCUUUCCUCCGUUGUGUAACAUUCUUGUUGUUUUCUACUGGUUAAUUACAUUGUGUAUUUAUAGUUCUAUGCUUACCAUUGUGCAUAUACUGGCAAUAAAAUGUACAUAACAUUACUUGAAAAAAUUAA